AUGGCAAUAUUUUCUAGAAAGCCAGCAACAUUAGCGAUGGAAACAUUUUCUAGAGAGCCAGCAACAUUAGCAAUGGAAACAUUUUCUAGAGAGCCAGCAACAUUAGCGAUGGCAAUAUUUUCUAGAAAGCCAGCAACAUUAGCGAUGGAAAAAUUUUCUAGAAAGCCAGUAACAUUAGCGAUGGCAAUAUUUUCUAGAAAGCCAGCAACAUUAGCGAUGGCAAUAUUUUCUAGAAAGCCAGCAACAUUAGCGAUGGAAACAUUUUCUAGAAAGCCAGCAACAUUAGCGAUGGAAACAUUUUCUAGAAAGCCAGCAACAUUAGCGAUGGAAACAUUUUCUAGAAAGCCAGCAACAUUAGCGAUGGCAAUAUUUUCUAGAAAGCCAGCAACAUUAGCGAUGGAAACAUUUUCUAGAAAGCCAGCAACAUUAGCGAUGGCAAUAUUUUCUAGAAAGCCAGCAACAUUAGCGAUGGCAAUAUUUCGAAAGCCAGCAACAUUAGCAAUGGAAAAAUUUUCUAGAAAGCCAGCAACAUUAGCGAUGGCAAUAUUUUCUAGAAAGCCAGCAACAUUAGCGAUGGCAAUAUUUUCUAGAAAGCCAGCAACAUUAGCAAUGGAAACAUUUUCUAGAAAGCCAGCAACAUUAGCGAUGGCAAUAUUUUCUAGAAAGCCAGCAACAUUAGCGAUGGCAAUAUUUUCUAGAAAGCCAGCAACAUUAGCAAUGGAAACAUUUUCUAGAAAGCCAGCAACAUUAGCGAUGGCAAUAUUUUCUAGAAAGCCAGCAACAUUAGCGAUGGCAAUAUUUUCUAGAGAGCCAGCAACAUUAGCAAUGGCAAUAUUUUCUAGAAAGCCAGCAAUAUUAGCGAUGGAAACAUUUUCCAGAAAGCCAGCAAUAUUAGCGAUGGAACACUCAGAAAGCCAGCAAUAUUAG